CAUAAAGUCCCCACUUGUAAGAAUUGAUUCAAAAACUGUUUGCGGGAUCCAGGAUGCACCUCCAGGACUCUGAUCUGGACACACCCUCCUUUUUGUACAGUGGGAGGAGGAUUCAUAGACCAGGAGGAGUUCAAGUUCAAUUAGGACAGCCCUCAAAAAAGUUCCCACACAGAGAAGAAAAGAAAGAAAACAGUCUCAUAGGCGGAGAGGAAAUGCCGGGCUGCUCCGCUCAUGUUGGUCCAAAACUGGGAGAAGACAUGCAUUCUCUAGGAAAAUCGUGGCUGCUGCUCACCGGCUUCGUGCUCUUUUAUGUCAUCUACCUGCUGUUCGGAGCCCUGGUUUUCUCCAGCAUUGAGCGGCCGGUGGAGGAGAAGCUGCGACAUGACAUGGACAUGCUGCGAGAAGAGUUUCUCAACCAAAGCUGCGUCAACGCUGCGUCCCUAGAACGCUUUUUAGACCGAGUUCUGAAGGCCAACAAGUACGGCGUUUCCGUCCUGAGAAACUCCUCAGAAGCGUCCAACUGGGACCUGGCAUCCUCCAUGUUCUUCGCCAACACUCUGGUCACCACUGUAGGUUAUGGUCGCACCUCUCCCCUGUCUGAUGCGGGGAAAGCUUUUUCCAUCUUCUACGCCUUGGUAGGAGUUCCCUUCACCAUGCUGGUGCUCACCGCCUGCGUGCAGAGGCUCAUGUACCCUCUGGUCCUGGCUCCGGUCGGCCUCCUGCAGCGCUUGGGCUUGGAGCCUCGGCCGGCCACCAUGGUGCACUUCUUCUUGCUGCUGCUUGUGGUGGUGCUUUGUUUCUUCGUGGCACCGGCAGCCGUGUUCAACGUGGUGGAGAUGUCAUGGACAUUCUUGGAUGGCAUCUACUUCUGCUUUAUCUCGCUGUGCACCAUUGGGCUGGGGGACUUCGUACCAGCAACGCAGCCUGGGCAGAGGUACAGGGCGCUGUAUCAGGUCAGCGUGAUGGUCUACCUGUUUCUCGGUUUGAUGAUGAUGUAUCUCCUCCUGCGCUCGUUCCACAAGAUGGCCGACCUGCACGGCCUGACCACCUUCUUUCAGCUACCACGCUGUGAAGAAUCCGACCUGGAAGAGGACAGGGAGCCCAUCGUUGGCGACGAGCCAAGGCCACCUCAUCCGAAAGGCCAAGACGCCAGCAAACCUCUGGAUCCAGCAUCUCAGCCGUCUUACAACACCAUCAACAAAGGCUGAGCGGCCGGGAAGCAGAAAA